GGGGGAGGAGGAAGGUGGGCGGUAGGAGGAGCGCGGCAGGCUGGACGGGACGGGGCUGGGCGGGGCGGGCCGCGCCGGGCCUGGCCGGGCUGGGCUCCGGAGCGGGACUGAGCCAGCCGAGCUGAGCCGAACCGAAAGGAGCGCAGAGCUGCCGGCCGGGGACCCAUUGCGCCAAUGCUGCUGACGCUGGCCUGCGGCUCGAUCUUCUUCCCCGGCUUCUUCGUGCUCGGCGCCUGGGGGCUGCACCAGGCGCUUCCCCAAUGGACCGUCAUCGAUUGUUUGACGUUCAGCAACAGGGUUGUUUCUUCAAUCCAGGCUAUCCUGGCUUCUGCCUCUGGGCUCACCAUCGUUCUGUCCUGCACUGAUGUGAUUACCUGUAGGCACUGGCUUACUCGAGAAUAUGUAUGGGUUUUGAUUCCAUACAUGACCUACGACCUAGGCGCUAUGUACAUUUGCUACUGGUACCGAAACAGAGGCGAGGAUAAGAAACACUCUCUCGCCAUCUUUAGGAACUUCCUCCAGCACGAUCGCCUCAUGCUCACGCACCAUAUUUUCAUUCUGAUCGUUCUCGUACCCAUCGCACAGGUGAUGAGGGGAGAACGUGGUGACUUCUUUGUAGGCUGUAUCUUCACAGCAGAAUUCAGCACUCCGUUUGUGUCGCUGGGCAGAAUUCUGAUCCUGUUGAAGAAGCAGCACACGAUUGUGUACAAGUUGAAUGGAAUCCUGACACUGGUGACCUUCUUUUUCUGCCGCAUCCUCAUCUUCCCCUUCAUGUACUGGUCCUAUGGCCAACAGAAUGGGCUGCACUUGCUGCAGACACCAUUCCGCAUACCCUUCUUUUGCAAUGUCAUUAAUGCCAUCCUCAUCUCGCCCCAGCUCUACUGGUUUGCUCUGCUCUGCAGGAAGGCAGCCCAGAUGUUUAAUACUUCCCAGGCCAAAAAGGACAGUUAGUGGAGCCUAUGACCCAGAGACUGCAGAGGAAGGGGUAUCCUCCCAUACUCCCUGCCUCCUCCACAUUCCAUGGAACUAUAUGGGCCCUGAAUGGCCUCUGUUUUCCGGGAGGCAAUGGGGAGGUGGACAGGUUGGGUUUUACAAGGAAGUUACAUUUCCUCCCCCCUCUGCCUUUUUACAGAAGCACAUUUUCAUGGGUAACUACAGUAUCAGGUUGUAGCAUAUGAGUGAGUAGCUGAGGAAUCUGGCCCAUGGCCACCAAUCACCAGAUGGUUUCUGUUAGCUCUGAGAACACGGCUGGAGUCUAAUCUCAAAGAGCUGGGCAGGAGGUGCCACAGAAGUUUGGGGGAGACAAGACAGGUAGACCUGGUGACCAAGGGGCCUCUGCCAGGCUAUUUGCACACUGAUUUAACAGUCUGGUUUUUACAUAUCCUUUUGCUUACCUCCUUUGAUUAAGGAACAGCCUAUACUGGGCCAGCAGGACCAAAGCAACAUUUUCCUGAUUUACCUGUGUGAUCUGGGAAUAAGGGGCCAGAAGAACUGGGGCUGCAGUUUUGUUUUUUUCUUUCCUAGGCCGACAUACCAAGUCUCAAGUGCCCCCAUUUCCCUUCACUCUUACCCUGGUGCCAAUGUUUUAACACUCACAUCCACCAUCCCCUGGGCUGGGAUGGAGGGGGAACACUACCGAGGAGCCAACAAUUUUUAUAAGACACCAGCUGUCUCUGUUUCAACUCUGCAAGCCAAGUUAGGGAAAUCAGAACCAUUAACUGGUAAACCACACUCUCCUUGGCCUCCUUCUUUGCAUCCGGUCUGUUCUCUGUCCACAUGCAUAGGACUGCCUGACAUCUAGUAAAACACAGGAUUUUAACAGCUCCCCAGCCUAUGGCUCACAUUCUUCUCUAGAUGAGACUCUAGUGGCCUUAGAAAAAAUUCAUGUCUGGACUACUAAAUGUUUUUCCUAUUUCCCUUAUAACUUAGUGUUCUGAUGAGAAACCAUGAGUCCUUGACAGCUCAACUACCUGAGAAAGGAGUCUAACACAAAUACCCAGGCCCAAAUGAGAGCUGGGUCCCUCUCUCCACAUGUUCAAACCCCCUUGUCACCAGCUACUUCGCAAUAGGAAACCCAAGUGCCAACUCUAAACAUUCCUCAUAAAAAUAGGAUGUUUUAGGAAUUAUGCUGUGGCAAAGUAUUUUUUUAAGCUAGAAUUUUUAAAAAAAUAAGGUUAUCUUCCCAUCAGUUGUGAUUCCAUUGUCUUUUAAAUGUGGUAGUAUAUUUAACAGUAAUGACUUGGUUCAGACUCUUGCUGUCUGUCUCAGUCUAAUGGGUGCUUUUUUCUGAACCUAUAAAAUGCUAUACAAGUUUUUGGCUUGUCUUGGUGUUUUGUUUACUGAUAAUUUAUCUGAAAGAAAAAAUUCCCUCAUGGAGAUUAAAUUUCAUUAAUGUUUUUCCUACUUACUCUCAUUGUGAAAGACAUCAAUAAAGAUUUCUUUUUAAAACCAUUC